AAACAAGUUAAGUUAAAGUGAUGCGCCAAAUAUCUUUAUGGGCUGGGCUGGCCGGUAGGUGGUUUUUUCUGACGCCAUUUGCCAGCUUUUGCCUCCCUUGCUUUCCUUUUUAAAACUUUUUCAAAUUUUACAAAAAACAUUCAAAUAAAUGCCAGAAAUUUUUAUUUGAUCUUGGUUCUGGUUGGUUGGAGUUUGUGAAGAAAAUAAAAUGGCAAGCAGCAAUAAUGUGAUAGGAAUGAUGGACAGUGCAUAUUUUGUUGGAAGAAAUGAACUUCUUUCUUGGAUCAAUGCCAGCCUUCAACUCAAUCUUUCUCGUAUUGAAGAGGUUGCUUCAGGUGCUGUGCAGUGCCAGAUGAUGGACAUGACCUAUCCGGGGGCUGUUCCAAUGCACAAGGUUAAUUUUGAUGCAAGGACAGAAUAUGAUAUGAUCCAAAACUACAAAGUGUUGCAAGAUGUAUUUACCAAACUAAAAAUAGAUAAACAUAUUGAAGUCAACAGACUGGUCAAGGGUCGACCAUUGGACAACUUGGAGUUUCUACAAUGGUUGAAACGCUAUUGUGAGUCUGUUAAUGGCGGAAUCAUGAACGAGAAUUAUAAUCCUUUAGAGCGUAGAGGUAAGGUAUGUAAAGAACGUCAUUUCAAGGCAUCCCAGAAGAGUUCGAAGUCUCUGCAAACAUACAACUCUCAGAAUCCUGGUUCAGGGGACAAAUCCGGCGUUCCGAAGAUGACUGGGAAUAAGCAAAAAUCAAGGGCAGUAGUAGUUGAGUCUGAUUCUUCAGAUGAAAUCCAGGCUUUGUCGAAUGAGAUUACAGAGCUGAAGGUAUCUGUAGAUCUUUUGGAGAAAGAAAGAGAUUAUUAUUUUGGAAAACUACGAGACAUAGAAAUACUUUGUCAGGCGCCUGAUUUGGAACAUAUUCCGAUGGUUGCGGCCGUUAAGAAGGUACUAUAUGCUGCAGAUGAGGGGUCUGCACUUGCCGAAGCUCAGGAAAUUUUAUCAGCCAAUCAGUGAAUGACAGUUGACCAAAAGAAAAAGCGAUGAUGAUGGAGACAAUCUUCAAUUCACUUGCUCUGUAAAAUUAAGUUAUCACUAGGACAUCUUUAACCACAUGAUGAACAAGAACAUGCAUUGAUCAAGUAGAUCAUCUGGAUGUAUAAUCAAACCAUUUGCACCAGCACUCAGCCUUUAUGUUAUGUUCAAGUUCUUAAGGUUCCUGGGUUUUUCAUUUGAUGUUAACAGACGUUAUUCGCUAUCUUUCCCUAAUUCCCCCCUAACUUGUGGCUAAUGUGCAUUAUUGCUUAGUUUGAACUGAUAUGCACAGUUUUAUUGAUGUG